UACUAAAAGGCAUGUCCGACGCUGUGACACACUCGAGUUUCUAUUUCAAUAAUAUAAUUUACCGCUAAAACAGGCGGCGAUUCUGUACGCAUAACAUCGUAAGCAACAAUACGCCGCACUGGUUGUAUCAACAUCGCGCUUGCUAGGCACCAGUUAAAUCGCAGGCUUCGCAGUUCGCACACUUGCUUGCAAACUGUCCACGGGUAGACCGGCCUAUAUACCACCUACAAGAAAAUUCCAAGAAAAUGUUCGUCGCGGUGUGAAACAACCACGGUGCUUGGCUAGGAUUUUUUUGUCUUGGGGAUAAUUUGGAAACAAAAUCAAAAUGGCUUUGAUAAAUCUAAAGGCUUUCGUUUCAGAUGUAGUUCCCGUGAGGUUUAAUCUCUGGCUUAUGUUAUUCACCAGCUGCUGGGUUGUGUACAUGCUAAGAGUAAACAUGAGCUUAAACCUGAUUGCAAUGGUACCUCAGCCCGCUAGAAAUAUCUCAUCACGAUCACAGUGCAACACUGACAAUGAGGUGCUUAACGAGUCUCUAAGGCAUGUUGACAUCCCCGAAAUAAGAGAAGCGCCUAGACAGAUUGGAGGUGGAUCAUUCAAUUGGUCAAAAGAUCAGCAAGCAACAAUCCUUGGAUCUUAUUUCUGGUGUUAUCCUAUUACUUCCCUGGUCGGCGGCAUGGCAGCUGAGCGUUGGGGUCCCAGAUAUGUGGUGCUAGUUACAUCUCUUGCCAGCGCUGUUUUGACUAUAAUAAGCCCAGCAGCUGCGAGAUUGGAUUAUAUUGCACUGGUCAUCGUGCGAUUUUUCCUUGGAUGUGCUGGGGGUUUCAUUUAUCCAGCUUUGCACGUAUUAGUAGCACGCUGGGCACCCCCGGCUGAGAAAGGAAAAUUUGUGAGUGCUAUGAUGGGAGGAACUUUGGGAACAGUCGUCACCUGGUCACUUACGGGUCCGUUGCUGGAGAAGUUCGGAUGGGCGUCCGCAUUCUAUGUCCCAGCCGGGUUAACUUUCAUUUGGUGCGGAUUUUGGUGGUAUCUUGUGGCGGAUACGCCAUCCGAACAUCCAAGGAUUAGUGUAGCGGAAAGAAAAUAUAUUAUAGAUGCACUAGGUGACAAGAUUAAAAAAUCCAAGGGUAUGCCUCCGUUCAAGAGCAUUUGCACUUCGUUACCAUUCCUAGCAAUGAUAGUUCUCCACUUUGGCAACCUCUGGGGCUUGUACUUUAUAAUGACAGUAGGACCUAAAUUUGUUUCCAGUGUGCUUGGUUUUGAACUAGCCGCAGCUGGAAUUAUAUCUGCUCUGCCUUACCUCGCACGAUUAUUCUUGGCAACAAUAUUUGGUGCUGUGGGAGACUGCAUUCUAUCUAGGAAGCUGAUGUCAACGACUCUUAUAAGAAAGUUUUUCUGUCUGUUCUCCCAUAUUAUACCAGGAGUUCUUUUGGUGUUAUUGGUUUACACUGGAUGUAACACUGCAUUAUCUGUGACAAUGAUAACUAUGUCGAUGGGUUUCAAUGGUGCAGCAACAUUGACGAAUCUCCAAAAUCAUCAGGAUUUAGCACCGAAUUAUGCUGGGACAUUGUAUGGAAUAGCUAAUUUCAUAGGUAGCACAGCAGGAUUCUUCACACCAAUGAUUACAGCGUACUUUACAAGGACAGGGGAUAACUUCGAACAAUGGCGUCCAGUAUUCUUUGUAGGAGCAUCUGUAUACAUAGUGUCUGCCAUAUUUUUCAUUUUGUUUGGCACGGGUAACACGCAAGAUUGGAAUAUUAGUAGUAAAGACCAGGACGGUGGAAAAGAAGAAAAAGUUAAAGAUGAUGACCAGAAUGAUAUGAAUGAUACUUCAAGACAAAACUACAUUAAAGAUUUAAAAGAAAAUCCUACAAGUAUCACAACCCGCACUUAAAUAUGUAUACAAGGAAAUUCUAAGUGAGGAAAGGAGAAACAGCAUAUUAUUUCUUCGAAG